AUGUUUAAUGAAAUUAUUCAAGAAAUGAAAAAGAGUAAAACUCUUAGAACAUUUGCAGCAUAUUUUUUUCACAUGCACAAAAGCUACUGUCGUAUCAAACAAAAAAGAGAACAAAAUAGAUUUUUAUUAAAUUCCCAGAAACUUAACACUCCUAAAACUAAGUUUCUUAUUCCAAAAUCAGAAUUCAAAGCAUUUGCUUUACCAUUAGGAUCACCAAGCAAGCAAAUGACUUGA